AUGGCACUUGCCGGCCACCUGCUGCUGCUGCUGUUGCUGCCGCUCUGCACGCAGUUCGUGCCCUCAACAGCGCUGCACAAGGGCAUCGGGGAGCCCUGUGAGGAGAACGUAGAAUGCCAGAGCGACUGCUGCGCCACCAGCAGCCUGAACCCGCAGAAGUACUGCACGUCUCAGACCAUCUUCCAGAAGUGCUUGUCCUGGCUGAAGCCCAACGGCCUCGAGUGCUCGGACCCCGCGCAGUGCCGGAGCAACUGCUGCGUCACCAACAGCUACAACCCGCUCCGCUUCUGCACGCCCCGCACCAUCUUCCUGCAGUGCCUGCCCUGGCGCAAGCCCGACCGGGACUACUGCUCGGAGCACAGCGAGUGCCGCAGCCAGUGCUGCCUCAGCGUGACCGAGACUGCGCCUGCGCGCUGCCAGCCCCGCACCGGGGUCCUGGCGCACUGCCUGCCGCCCGUGAGUGCUGGGCGGUCCCGGGUCCCGCAGCACUGGGGGCUGCACGAGGCGUCAGAAGGGCGCAGUGGGGUUCCAGGUCCAUCAGGGACCCAGUGGACACGUGACCGGGACAGGGACCUGUGA